AUUAAUGCUGUGAAGAUCAAAAAAGGGGCUUAAAUGGCCUUCAAGUGGCUUGAGCUCAAAUUUGACCUCCAACUCAGCUGGCUCCAGGCAACGCUGGCUCAAUAGAUCCCAAGACAUUUGACGAUUUAGUUACUUGACGUCCUUCCAAAUCCAGAGUUCAUGUCAAAAUAUGUCCACCAAUCUCGAUGAUCCGGACUGGUAUGUGGCGUGCUCAGAUGAAGAAGUCUACGUCGAAACAGGGACGGCCAAAGGCUCUUUGGGCACGGCUUGGCGACCCAAAAGCGAAGAGGUGGUCACGAUGUUCGAGCGAAUCCAGCGGGAAGGCACACUCCCGCUGCGAUGGGUGUGCCCGGGUCGGAGGCCACCCACGCCUCAACCCCUGGACGAUGACAAUGAAUACGAGACGGACGACGACGCUGAGGACGAGAAAAACGCCCCUGGAUCUAACUCAGCCACACCUUUGGCCCAAGAGAAGAAUGAUGACUUUGACUUCGACGUGGACGACUCCAGCGCCACGCCUAAACUCACGCCCCGACGACCCUUAGGACAAAGAGAGCUCAAGGGUUCGGCUCGAAAGAAAACCACCAGUUUCAAUAACGUGCUCUCGAACAUGAAGCGGCAUCGACAAAUGGAUGCGGCUAAUCGAGCGGCUAUUCAAACCCCCACUUCCAGCACACCUACCACUACCACAGCCUCAUCCUAACGUCAUCAACAUCAUAGAGCAUAUGAUAGGCUUCAAGAUUCAAUAAAGAAAUAUGUACCUGAGUCAAGUGGGGAUGCGGGUUGGUGAGCAUUUAGUGUUAAUUGUUUUUUUUUCCAG